AUGGUGAUCGUCUCGUAUCAUAUGGUGCAGCCGCAGAAGACAAAGAAGAAGCAAAGGAAGGAAAUGAGGGCGACGGACUCGAUGGCGGAGAUGAAGGACCAGAUUACAGUGUCCACAAUCGGGAAGGAGAAAUCGAUGUCCGGCCACCGCACGAGCGCCGCCAACCGCCGCGGUUCGAAGCUGCUCAAACUGCUAAGGCUAAGGCUGCUGCUCCAGCUUGGUGUGAAGUACGAGGCGAACAGCCUCGGCCACCGGAAAUAUGACGUCGGAAGGUUGAAGCUAACGUCAAGCCACCGGAAAACUGUCAUGGACGACCAUGUCGGCAUUAUCGGAGACUUUGUGUGUGUGCGCGGGCGCGCAGCGAGGUUUAGAGGUACAGUAGACGAGAGAUAUGAAAGGGUGAAGUCUUGUCUUUUGGGCUGGGUUUUAAUUACGAAAAUUUGA